AUGGACGAUUACCAGACACUCGUCGUGGCUCAAUUCUUCGAGCCACUGCCAAACAUCUCUCAGAUAUCGUGUCACCAGUUUGUCCUGCACCAUGUUACCCCGGUCCUUUUUCCCAACGCUACCGGUAAGGUAGACGUUCAACCCAGCCCUUUCCAGGGAAGCAUGAGCUAUACCGCUAUAUUAUAUGUUCACUCCACCCACGCCGAUCAUCGCAUUGUUGUCCAGUUCCGAAGCGAUAAGCAAGACCUCUUUGGAGUUACUGAAGCUAGCCGCAUUCAUGGACCCAUUGUACCCUUGGUAACAUACCAGGGCAUAUACGAAGGGUUAUUCGUAUAUACAUCCCCUUUUACAGAAGGGAUACCGUAUAUCAGUGUCUUGAUGUCUUCUCAGGGCUUUGAACUACCGCUCCAGAAGAAGAUAGCGACUAUCACGGACCUUGCAGACCUUAUGACUCGGGGAGCUAGAGCGAAUACCACUACAUCCGACCUUACUUCUACUCUUGAUAAAAUCCGUCAUAAGGUUGAUAACUAUACUUUUCGAAAUACAACUCUCAGAAACAGCAUUUCUACUUGUAUUAGCAAACUCCUGCCACACCUACACGAUCUCGCCGCUCUUCCCGUCACCCUUACCCACCAGGACCUCACCCCAUUCAAUUACCUUAUCGACGACUCCACGGGCCGAGUUCAAGCUGUACUAGACUGGGAUGGUGCUGUAUACCUCCCAGUUGGGUCAAAUUUCUAUUUCAUGGAUAGUCUUCUCGGGUUUAUGACCCCAAGUGGUUGGCAAGAUAACGGGGAUCGUCAGGAACUAGAGGGAGCGUUUUACGAUCGGGUUCUGGCUAGUCUUGCUACCCAGGGACUUAGGGGAAUAACAAAAGAGCAACUGGAGUUGCAGAAGGCAAUCGGGGUAUUACAAUACGGCGUGGAGCGGCUUCUCAAGUUCAAAGACCAACGAGCCGAGCACUAUCUAGAGGGGUAUCUUCGCGGUUUAUCUUUCAUGGACGGGUUCAUGUUAUCGUAUUAG